CAUUGUGUCUGAACUGCCGGCGAGCUUAAAAAUAUUAUAACCACCGCGGCAAUGUCGGGCAGGUCGGUCCGAGCUGAGACCCGGAGCAGGGCGAAGGAUGACAUCAAGCGGGUUAUGGCCGCUAUUGAGAAAGUACGAAAAUGGGAGAAGAAAUGGGUGACUGUUGGAGACACGUCCCUUCGCAUCUACAAGUGGGUGCCAGUGACGGAGCCCAAGUCAGAUGAUAAGAACAAGAAUAAAAAGAAGGGCAAAGAUGAGAAGUACGGCUCAGAGCUGACGACUCCAGAGAACAGCUCCUCUCCAGGCAUGAUGGACAUGCAUGACGACAACAGCAACCAGAGCUCGAUCGCUGACUCAUCCCCAGUGAAACAGGAAAACAGUUGUAGCACCAGCCCCGCCCCCGAGCCCACCGCCUUGUCUCACCGUGAGAACAGCGAGGCCAAGACUGACCAGAGCCCGGACAGCAAGAGGGGUAAGACCAUCCCUUCAUCAGAGACCUCAGAGAGAGCACAAAGUGCCAAGAGAGACAGCCUGUCCUCAGGGGAGAAGGACUCUUCAGACAGCAAAGCCACUCAGGACUCGGAGGCGGAGGCCCCACCCAGCAAGAAAAGCAAACUGGAGUCCUCAUCUCAGGACUUUGAGGAGAGUUAAAUGUUUG